AUGGCCUCGGCGCCCUGCCCGCCGUCCCCGCUGCUCAUUCGGGUGUCCGAGCCCGGCCCCCCGACGAACAUACGUCGGAAGCUGGAAAGCUACUUCCAGAGCCGGCCGUCGGGCGGCGGGGAGUGCACCGUCCGACACCUGGGCCCCGGCACCCCCCACACCUACCAGGUGGAGUUCUUGGAAAGGGCAGCUAAGGAGCGAGUGUUGAAAAAAGAAAAGCACCAAAUUACAGUUGACGACAAACUUGUGACUAUUUUCCUGGAACCCUCUGAAAAUCCAAUAGAGGAGAAUGGAAUGUCUCAAGUGCAAACACCAUCACAGGAAGGGGCUAGGUCUGGUGAGAAGCAUCCAAAUGAAGAACAUAUUCCUAAUGCUGUGGAUUCCCGUGUCCAAAAGAUCUUCCUCAGUGUCACAGCUGACCUGAACUGUAACCUGUUCUCUAAAGAGCAGAGGGAAUAUAUAACCACUCUCUGUCCCAAUGUCAAAAAAAUGGAGGGCUAUGAUGGAAUUGAGAAGGUGUGUGGUGACUUCAGAGAUAUUGAAAAAAUACAUGGCUUCUUCAGUGAGCAACUCCUAAAAAGUGAGCAGAAACGCGAAUCAUCCCGUUUGACAACAGAGAGGGAGCCACCCCAUCAGUUGGACCAGAACAGCUACGGUUCUCUCUCUGAACCAAAAACGAAGUCAGAAGGAAAAGGCAACAGUUGUGAAAUUCCCCUGCCUUUCUUCGAAUACUUCAAAUAUACCAAUCCUGAAAAAAUGGAGUCAAUAGAGAAAAGAUUUGGUGUAAAAAUAAAAAGCUGGGAGAGUUCUCUGAACACGAUCUCUUUAGAAUUCACCUCAAGUCAAUCACAUGACCUCAGAGUAGCAGCUCAAGACUGUUUUAUCAGUGAAUUUCAGAAAAUCAUGGGAACUGCAAGGCAGGAAAGUGUUGCAUUAUCAGACAGUAAGCAGGCAAAUAAAAUCAAACAGGAAUUGAGUCACCAGUUUGAAAAGCUUUUUAUAAAGGAGAAUGGAGCAGAAUUAACUCUCCUUGGGACAGAAAAUGACAUUUCAGGUGCCAAACAUUUUCUUGCCCUCCGAAUCUCUGAAAGUCUUGUCAAGGCACCUGUGAAAAUAUUGACUCCCAGGUGCAUGAUGAAUGGAAUUGAGGUUGACAUAGCUCACUAUAAGCUUUUAGAAGCUGAAUUACUCCAGGAGAUAUCAGAGAUAGAAAAAAAGUACAACACUCAAUAUAAGGUUUUGGGGAAAAGUCAGAAAACCUACAUUAUAUUUGAACCUAAGGACAAGGAGUUAGAUUUGUCUAUGCAUGCUUAUGCAAGUUUCAUCGAUGCCUAUCAACAUAUUUCUUGUCAGCUGAUUAGAGAAGUUCUUUCACUGAAACCUCUGGGCAAGGAGAGAAAGAACUUGUUUGGGACCAAGUUCACUGUUGACUUUAGAAAAAAGCAUCCAGGGGUACACUUGUUGCUAAAUAAAGAAUCAAUAACUUUUAUUGGGCUGCCAAAUCACCUUGUAAAGGCAAAGCAGUAUGUCUUAAACACAGGGGGAAUACCCCUGUUAGCUGGAGAGAAGUCAAAUGGGGAUCAUGAAACACCCAUGGACGUUGAUAGUAAUGAUUCAGAAACAGCUUUACCAACAUCCCAGCACUCUGCCAGUUCUAGGGCGUCAGGAGUAGACAAGGAAGAAGAUCCAUGUCCCAUCUGUAUGGAGCCCAUUAAGAACAAGAAAGUGCUAUCAAAGUGCAAGCACGAAUUCUGCACCCGUUGUAUCGACCAAGCCAUGGUGUAUAAGCCAGUCUGUCCUCUGUGCCAGGUUCCCUAUGGUGUCCAGAAAGGAAAUCAGCCAGAGGGAACCAUGAAGACCCGUUACCUAAAAACUUCACUUCCAGGUUAUGAAAGCUGUGGCUCCAUCGAGAUUAUUUAUGAGAUGAAGGGAGGCAUACAAACAAAAGAGCACCCAAACCCAGGAUUUCCAUAUUCUGGAACACUGCGAACUGCAUACUUGCCUGCUAACAAGGAAGGAAAAGAGGUUUUGGCACUGCUUUGUAAGGCCUUUGAGCAAAAGCUAAUUUUCACAGUGGGGACUUCUCGAGCUUCAGGAAUGUCAAAUGUCAUUACAUGGAAUGAUAUCCACCACAAAACGUCCCAGUAUGGCGGACCAGCAAAGUUUGGCUACCCUGAUGCUAAUUAUCUGACACGCGUCAAGCUGGAGCUGAAAGAUAAAGGAAUUGAGUAAGAAGACUGCUGGCAGGAUAUCUUGAGCCAAGCUUUCAAAAGACACGGUUGAAGAAGCAGAGUAAAUACCAAUCUAAAUCCUAAUGUAGAAACACCUUUUUAAAAUGCUCAUCUCAAGGGGAUUCAUGUAAGAGCAAGAAUCUGAUAGUCUGUCAUUUCUGGAGUCUUACUUUUUAUGAAAGAUAAAAGCCCCAAAGACCUGUGUGAUUUUUUGCUGCAGAGGUGUUGUGCCUCAUUCUUGUGUCAUUGUUGGGGAGAGAGGGGAAUGGAGUGCUGUGGGUCUGAAAUCAUCUUCUGUGCUCUUCAUUUGAAAUACCAGCUGCCAAUUGGUCCUCUUUUUAUUACCAUCUCUGGGGUGGUCCUUUAGUUUUUUUGUUUGCUGGUUGGUUGGUUUGCCCUUUAAGUACCCUAAAGGUAAAAUCCUAGUGUGAAUGGGGGAGGGGGGUAUGGGGGAACGCUUUGGCUAUGGUAAAUUAUUAAAAGACACAUGUUCCCCUCCCUCAAGGCCAGAAAAGUUGCCAGGAGCAAAGAUUGUGCAACCUUGGGUAAUAAAUAGCAUAAGGCUAUUAUUUGUCAUGACUCAGAGCCUGGUAUAUACAGUUGGUGCUUAAUAAGUUUUUGCUGCCUGACUCGGGGUUAAUACCCCAGCAGAGGGAUAUGUGCUCCCUAAAUCUUUAGCAGAGGCAGGAAUAAGGAAUCCAUUUCUGGAAUCCUCACCCUGAUUUGAAAAACUGAGUUUCUUAUCUGGUCAUCCACAUCCCAGCUUCUCUCCGAAAAGGAUGAACAGGAUGUCUUUUUCUUUCCCUACGGAUACACAUAUACACACACAUAUAUUUUUGGUUAGAGGGUAAUAGUCAGUAUUUAUUGUGGACUUAUUUUAUCCCCUUUAUAAGAUCUUUAUAUCUGUGUGAUUGAUACUAUUAGUACCCUCAUUUUAUAACUGAGAAAACUAAUGUACAGAAAGGGUACCUUGACAAAGGUCACAUAGUUAAUUAGUAGAAGUGCUGGGAUUUGAAGGAGAUAGUCUGUCCCCACAGCUUCUGCACCCCAGAGCUAUACUGCCUCCCACAGGGGGACUUCUCCUCCAUGGAGCUGGCUGGGGAGUGCCUAUUAUUCCGGGCCUCUCUCAGAAAUGCAUUUCUACACAGUGCUCACAGCAAAUUUCCCCUGAAGAAGUCCUAUUUGAAGAAUCCAGAAUCUCUUCCUUUGUCCAGAGAGUUGAGGAAGCUUAAACUAAAUGGUAGCCUUUUUUUUUUUUUUUUGGUUAAUCAGAUGAUACAUUUAAUUUUUGGUGAUUCAGUAAAGUCUUCACUGUUACGAGUAGUUGUUUUGUAUCUACUCACCUUUUAGCUAGCUUGCUUCAAAAAACCAAAAGUUUGGUUCCUGCUUAGGUCUAGAUGCUUGAUUGCAGUGUAGUGUGUGCACAGGCAGUUUAAUGGUGCGAGUGGUUGGUGAGCCUUUGGAUUGCUGCUUUUGCUCUGUGGGAGGUAUUAUCAUCUGUAUCUGCUUUAAAUAAAGUUACACAUUAGGAACAGA